AUGACGGAAGCGAUUGCAGACCAAGGGAAGCAAAAAAAUGAUAAAUUGCAGAAACACGAAGCAGUAAAAGAUGAGAAAGCAGAAGAAAAAGGAAAAGAAGCAUUUCAAUCAGCAGCUGAUAAAAUCGCGGAACAGAAUUCAUCAUUAUCAUUGGGGCAGGCUGGUGUAGUCCAUAAUGAUAAUGUUCAAACCAUUGACGACUUCAAGAAUCUCAUGUAUAAGAUGCAAGAAACGCGACGUACGAUAGUUUUUGCAUUGUUAAAUGAAAAAAAUUUGAAGCAAGAUGAUGUUGAAAUAUUAAAACGGGCUUAUGCAAGGCUAACUGACAGUCAGACUCAUUCGUUCCAGCGUGAAAUGUGUACACUUACAACAAAAUUGAGUAUGAAUAUCAGAGAUGAAACGAGAGGUCUUGAAAAAGACUUAAAAUAUCUCGAUAAGUUGACAAAUAUUCGAAAAGAACAACCAUAUUUAUCAUGGUCAGUGAUAAUGUCCCGAGUUGAUUUAAUUUCAAUUCUUGCAAAUUACCAUCCAGAGAGCAGAGAAAAAUUUGUGGAUGAAUAUAAAAAUGCUGUGAAAUUCCUUCGCACAUUUAUUACUUUGGAUGCGACUACCGAUAAGAAACCAAUAUUUGUCACGGAUUGGGAUGGUACAAUGAAAGAUUAUUGUUCACAAUAUGCAACAAAUCUUCAACCUGUGUACAGUGCAGUUGGAAUGACUCGAUUCGCAGGUUGUUUUACCCGUAUAAGCGCGGUAUUAACAGCAGGCCCACUACGAGGUCCAGGUAUACUCGAUUUAACAGCUAUGCCAAUUGAUGGUCCUGUGAUGUUCAGCGGCUCUUGGGGUCGUGAAUGGUGGCUUUCUGGAAAACGUGUUGUACACGAAGAUGGCAUUACGGAUGAAGGUUUCAAUGCAUUGCAACGCUUGGACGACGAGGCAUGUCUUCAUGAAUUGCUUGAUAUGAAGGAUUUGCUGCAUUCAUCGGAUUAUGCUUCAUUUGCACUCGUUGGAAGUGGUGUGCAACGAAAGGUAGAUCGAUUAACAUUAGGUGUCCAAACUGUUUGCCAUCACGUAACUUCCGAAUUGUCCAACAGAUAUCAGAUGGCUGUGAAGGAGCGGAUACACCGUGUGGAUCCUAAUAGUCGAAUCUUGGUAUUUGAUCCAUCCACGGAAUUAGAAGUUGAAGUAGUUGCACACAGUUCGGGAAUCAUAUGGAAUAAAGCCGAUGGAGUAGACCGUUUAAUAAAAAGUUUGGGUGAUUCACUGAAGGCACCAGGAAAGAUUUUGAUUUGUGGCGACACUCUAUCUGAUAUUCCUAUGGUUCGACAAGCAGCGAAGGAAAAUCCGAGCGGUGUAAUGGCGAUUUUUGUUGGUGCGAAAAUGUCAUUACGUGAAGAAGUGAAGCAGCUCAUUGGUGACGAAAGUCGUUGUUGUUUUGUAUCCUGUCCAGAUGUCAUACAUGCGGCAAUGUCACAAAUUCUGAACGAGCAGUGUCAGUGA